AUGUCGCCACCGACACAGCCCGCGUAUGCGGCUAUCGAGAACCCCGGUCUGCGCAAGAUGAUGACGGCUGUCGUGAUGCUCUACUUCAACGCAUGGACGUGGGGCUACGACGGCACGCUCCUGAAUGCCUUCCAGGCUAUGCCCGUUUGGCAGCAGUACUUCAACCACCCGACCGGCGGCGCGCUCGGCAUCAUCGCCGCCAUCUUCUACCUCCCGGCCAUCGGCACGCCCUUCAUCGGCUCGUUCCUCGGCGACCGCAUCGGACGUCGUGCAACCCUGUUCGGUGCAUGCCUGUUCUCCAUUGCGGGCGCACUGCUGACUACGUUUGCCACCGGCCGCGGAAUGCUGAUCGCCGGGCGUGGCGUCAUGGGUGCCGCCCUCGGCGUUCAAUCCACCAUCGGCCCGCCUUUCAUGCAGGAGAUCUGCCAUCCCAGACUCCGCGCAAGGGCGGCAGCGAUGUGGUUCAUCACCUACCAAGCCGGGACAUGCAUAAGCGCGUGGAUAUGCUUCGGAACGUUGUCGUGGCAAUCGCAAUGGUCGUGGCGUCUCCCGAGUUUGUUCCAGAUAACCGGCACGGCCCUGAUCUGCAUCUACACCUUGUUGGGCCAGAUGCCUGAAUCGCCUCGGUUCCUGGUCUCUAAGGGUAAGGAAGCAGCCGCCCUCAAGACGCUGGCGGACCUUCACGCGAACGGAGAACAAGACGACCCCCUCGUCCAGUAUGAGCUCCAGGAGAUCAAACUCGGCAUCGAGAUGGACAAGCACUACUCGUCGUCCUAUCUGGAUCUGGUACGCACACCCGGCAACCGCAAGCGUAUCUUCGUCCUGCUCUUCAUCGCCGUCUCGGGUCAGUUCGCCGGAAACGCCCUUGUGUCUUACUACCUCACCCCGAUCCUGGAGUUGGUCGGCAUCUCCAACCCCCGCCAGAUCUCCGGUAUCAACGGAGGUCUUGCUAUCUUCUCGACUCUGAACUCGGCCCUCGCCGCCCAAUUCGUCGAACGCUGGGGCCGCCGACCUCUCUGGCUCUCGUGCAUGUCUGGCGUCCUCGUGUGCUUCGUCAUCAUCACGGGCCUGUCUGGCGGAUUCGAUGCGACCAAGAACCCUGCGACCGGUAUCGCCCUCGUGCCCUUCCUGUACCUGUACUUCAUGUUCUACAACGCAGGCUGGAUCACCAACGGCGCGCUGUACACCGUCGAGAUCCUCCCCUACUCCAUCCGCGCCAAGGCCCUGUCGCUCUACGUCUGUGUCCAGACCCUCGCUAUCGCGUUCAACAGCUACGUCAACCCCAUCGGUCUCGAGCGCAUUGGGUGGAAGUACUACCUCGUCUUCGUGGUCUGCGAUGCCGUUUGGCUCAUUAUCGCGUACUUCUUCCUUCAGGAGACGAAGGGAUACACCCUCGAAGAGGUCACGCGACUCUUCGACGGUAAGGAGGCCGCCGACAACGUGGCUGACACGGCACACGACCUCGAGGUCGUAACCAGCCGGAAGGAGGAGAUCGAGAAGUACUAG